GUAAGCAUCUGUACAUUUGAGCAGGUGAUCAGACCGUAAUCAUGUAGGGAAACACCGCGGUAGGUCUGCAUGCCUGCAUCCUGCUCUGUGUGCUUUUGAGAACUGAAAGUAGUUAUAACUGACCCAACCUCUUUACGACCGAGUCGUCAGUAAUACGGAGUCGUCAAGAGAAGACGCGGCACAUCAUUGUUCUUUGUUUCAGGCGUUUUAAAUGAAAUGUGACCUCACUACGAACGGAAGCAGUGCUUACCUAAGCGAAUACACAUUCGCAACCGGAAACGUCUUGACGUGAACAAACCUCAGUGUGAGAAAUGCAGCAUUUUGGAUUGGUUGAAGACUGCAAACUGCAGGACUGGUCUGUCAUUGGAUCUGGGGGUUUCGGACAGAUCUAUAAGGCCAAACACAAAGAUUUGGGGAUGGAGGUGGCAAUCAAACUACUGCAUUAUGAUGAUGGUUCCUGUGCAUCUCUGCAGAAUGAAGCUGAGUGCAUGCAGCAGGGUGGGAGCCUGUAUGUGGUGCGUGUUUUUGGGGUGUACCGGGGUGUUCCCCCCGGCAGGAGGCUCUCAUGCCAGAUGGGCCUGGUGAUGGAGCUGAUGGAGAGGGGGUCUGUGGAGUCCCUCCUGAAGAGGCUGAGGGGCCCCCCUCCCUGGCCCCUGGCCUUCCGCCUGGCUCAUCAGGUGGCUCUUGGCAUGAACUUCCUUCACAAGCUUUGCCCCCCACUGCUGCACCUCGACCUCAAGCCCAGCAACGUGCUGCUGGACCACGGCUUCGGAGCAAAGAUCACAGAUUUUGGUCUGGCCCGACUGAUGCGCAGUAUUUCCAGUGUGGGGGGGCGGGAGGAGGACGGAGGCACGCUGCCCUACAUGCCCCCCGAAGCCUUCACCUCUGACCGGGCCUACAAAGCCACGCCCGCCUCUGACUCAUACAGUUAUGCCAUCCUGCUCUGGUCUAUAAUCACUGGCAGGGAGCCCUAUGGUGAUGUUUGGUCCUGCAGGAUCCGGUUUCGGGUCCCAGAGGGGGACAGGCCCAGUCUGGAGGGGGUGAACAGGGCAGCAGUUGAGGGCUUGGGGGAGAUCAUUGACCUCAUGGAGAUAUGCUGGGACCCCAGCCCCCAAAAACGCCCCUCUUUCCAUGACUGCUUCCCAGUGACAGAGAAGGUGUUUAAGCUGCACAGCCGUGGAAUUAAUGAUGCCAUCCACCAGGUGUCCAAAGCAUUGGAUGAAGAGCCCGAGAUAUCUUCCUCUUGCUCCAGGAUUGAAGCUCUUCGCAUCUCCCCAACUCCAAUACCCAAGGGGGCUACUCCACAUCAGCCAAUGAGAAUGAUGUCUGCUGAUCCAUCCUUGCCUUCAGCCAAUCAGAAUCUCCUGGCUGCCACCCCCUCCCAGAAGGCAUUGGGCACGGGGCCAUGCUGCCAACAGACUCAAGUCAUGUGUUCCAAAGGAGAUGUGUCCGUACAUAUUUCCAGUGCAAAUGGCGUGAUGGUGGGAAGCCACAACACCAUGACCAUCACCACUGGCCACCGCCCGCGCCGCAGAAACCCCACAGCACCCGCUAGGGUCAGCCUCCCCGCUCAGCAGCCUGCCAAACCUUUCCAGUGAACCCACCUGGGCCCCUCACACACCUGGGCCCCUCACACACCUGGGCCCCUCACCCACCUGGGCCCCUCACACACCUGGGCCCCUCACCCAUCUGGGCCCCUCACCCACCUGGGCCCCUCACACACCUGGGCCCCUCACCCACCUGGGCCCCU